ACAGCGUCGGACUUCUUUGGUGGUGGAGGAGAAGAGCCUAAUGCCAUCUUCCGGACUCGACCGGUCAUCGUACAAGCGCACAAGCCACACACGUAAAAAAGCGACGACGACGACGACAACGCCGCUUCCUGUCAAUGCUCUUGCCGUGUGGACGUAGCGCGUUUUAGCGUCUCUAUUGCCGCCGGUCCGUCCGGAACAGCGGGUCAUUGAUUCACUCUGUCGCCAAUAAAAUCAAUAGUUCAUUAGUAAUAAUCAUUUUUAUGUUUUGUUUUUUUAACUUAACUUUUCACAUAGUCAACUCGAUCAUUAAUAUUCGCUCUUAUAACAUUUUUUUUAGCAAUCCUCUCGUUUAACACUAAUAAUUAACUGUUUUCUUGUUUGAAGUUAAUCGGUUAAAUAUUUUAUUUUUAUUUGCUAUCGACGUGUUGAAUACUAAAGAAAAGGAAUUUUCCUCGACAAAGUAAAACAAAGAGUUCCCUUUCGCAUACCACACAAACGGCUAAUACUACUAAUUCGAUCAACGUGCAAAGUGCCAAGAAAAUAAUUUAGCCGUUCGUUUAGUAAAUCGCAUCAUGCGGAUUAGGCGACAACAACAACGACUUUGUCCAAUUACAAGUGAGAAAGAGUUAACGCGUUUCCCGAUUUCCGCUAUAGUCGCCGGUUGCUAUUGAACAGUACAAAAAAUAACUGCAAGAAAGAAAGAAAAAAAAAAAACUCUAGGAACAUAAACCGUAUCAGAUAGAACGCGUGCAACGACCACCGGCUAAAUACCGCGAAGUUCAUCGUCAAAUCCAUACAGAAUGAAGAGACAUGGAAUUUGGUCACCAAUGAAGUCAUCGUAUGAGAGAAUCCUGGUAUUCAUGACCUGCGUAACCGGAUUACUUCUCAGUAAAAGUUUGCACGUGCGAGCCUCACCUACGUGGGGAGACAGUCCAGCAGCACUAUCCGCAGACUUUGGGCGCAAUAUCAGACAGUUGCCAUGUGUCAGCCGGAGAUCGGGCGAAACGGGAAUUUGUAUGUUCGCUUAUUCUUGUGCGAAAGCGAACGGGACUCAUUUGGGUACGUGUAUCGAUCGCUUCUAUUUCGGUAGUUGUUGUAAAAUACAAGAAAGUACCGAAAUCGAAGUAAACGAGCCCGACAACUAUUUGAACAACUUGGACAACGAAAUAGGGUCCGCGGUCACGAGUAACGGUGUAAAAUUUGGACAGGCCAACACCGACAGAGUUCAGACGAGUUCGGCAACGGCGCCGACUUCGUAUAAACCCACGUCGCAAUUUACCUUGCAGUCGUCUUCGAUCAGUACCACAACGCCUAGGAACCAGUACACCGAUCAACCGGCCGUCAAUGGUCUGACCAAACCACCGACCACGUUAUCCACCGGCGCUACAGCCGCACCGUCCACGUACCCAGCGCAAACCUCUUCGCAAUCGACUAAACCAUCGUCGUAUCCUUCGACGUUUUCUACGGCAAAGCCUACGACGUCAGCUUCGCCGCCCAAACCCAGCUCGUUCAAACCGCCGCCUCCAAAUACGACAAAACCUAAACCUUCUCACACGGCCAAGCCGACCGUACAGUUUUCUGUUCCGGGAUCGACCAACGUCCCGUCAAGCACACCUCAAACUCCGGUAGCGUCGACCCAAGAUGGUCUGAAGCCCACCAGUACUUACACAGGCGUUACGUCAAUGCGACCUUUGAAUUCGUCUACGGUCAUGACCACGUUCUCCACGACCAAGCCGUCGGUGAAGCCGUCGUCUACCGCAGGACCCAUAAACAACAAAUAUACGUCGCCCACGCCACUGUUCACGGUAGCUUCGUCAACGCCAAGCAAAACUAAACCAGUAACGGGCAAACCCAAACCUACUUCUAAUAAGCCCACCACGGACCCUCCAGCUCCGUUUUCAGCGUCAACAAGUAAUGUUCACUCGACUGUUGAGCCUACGACCGCAGGCUCCUCGACGGUCGUUCACCAUAUUGUUAACUCCACUCGUCCGAACCAAACGUUUAGCAACGGCCCCUCGACGGUUACAUCAACUUCUCCUACUUUGGUUACUUGGACUACGGUGGAUAAAAUCACAGCAGAAUCUUCGGAGAGCUCAAAACCGCUUCCGACUGUUGCAAAUACUUCACCCAAACCGUCUGAAAAUUCAACUGUACCGCCGUGGAUCAAAGUUCCAGUGGAAACUCAUGAACCGAACACAGUCCCUACUGUGCCGACAAAGGAAAAUAGUAGCCCUUAUAUGACUACUAUUAGCAGUAGUAUGGCCUCGUAUACAUCUAUUGCGACUACGUCUAAACCCAGUAUAGCUCAAAACACACCUAAUAUCGACUUAUUAGUGACUUCCAGCGAGUUAAACACUGGCAACAACUACAAUGGCACCACUAACACCUUGCCUAGUAGCACAUUGCCAACGUCAGAGACAGCUACUUCUACACUUUCAACCAACUUAGUCACCGAUUCGAUGACGGACUCCAACGAGGCUGGAAGCGCUCCACUUAACAUGUCCAACUACAAAGACGUUUGUGGUAGAAGACUAUUUCCAAGUGCAAGAAUUGUGGGAGGUGAAAAAGUAACCUUUGGCAAAUGGCCCUGGCAAAUUUCACUUAGACAAUGGAGAACGUCCACUUACCUACACAAAUGCGGCGCGGCUUUGUUCAACGAAAACUGGGCUGUAACAGCUGCUCAUUGCGUUGAAAACGUACCUCCUAGUGACUUAUUGUUGAGAUUAGGUGAACAUGACCUGUCCAUCGAAGAAGAGCCUUACGGAUAUGAAGAGAGGCGUGUCCAAAUAGUCGCAUCCCACCCGAAGUUCGACCCAAGAACCUUCGAAUACGAUUUGGCCUUGUUGAGAUUCCAUGAACCCGUGAAAUUCCAGCCCAACAUCGUACCUAUUUGUGUGCCAGAAGACGAUUACAAUUUUGUAGGCUCUUCCGCCCACGUAACCGGAUGGGGAAGACUCUACGAAGAUGGUCCUCUACCGAGUGUACUCCAAGAAGUAACAGUACCAGUCAUAAAUAAUUCAGUUUGUGAGACCAUGUAUCGAGCGGCUGGUUACAUAGAACAUAUACCAGACAUAUUUAUUUGUGCUGGUUGGAAGAAAGGUGGUUUUGAUUCUUGUGAAGGUGAUUCUGGUGGUCCCAUGGUGAUACAAAGACCCGACAAAAGAUGGCUACUAGCUGGUAUAAUUUCUUGGGGAAUUGGAUGUGCCGAACCCAAUCAGCCCGGAGUUUACACCAGAAUAUCAAAGUUCAGAGACUGGAUUAACCUAGUAUUAAAUUACUAAGCGAAUCAUUUAUAUGCUCCGUCUAGAACAGACAAACAAAAUAAUUAAGAGUCUAAAAAGAAAAUUAACCAGCUUCAGUAAUGGUGUUUCAGCAAUAUUUGUUGAUCGUUUCUUUCUUUCUUUUUUAUUGUUCCUAAGCUCUAGUAGGCGUUUAUAUAUAUA